UUUCCAUAAUAUAAAGACAAGGUAUGAGAGAAGACUGGGUUUUAAGCACAGCAACUUAAGAGUAAGACCAUGGCAUCAUCUUCUUCAGGGAAUCCAAACCCAGAACUGAGAAAAGACCCCGUGUGGAACCGCUGGGUGAUAUUCUCACCCGCGAGAGCCAAACGCCCCUCUGAUUUCAAGUCAAAAUCACCCGCCGACCCGAACCCGAACACCACUUGCCCCUUCUGCAUCGGCCACGAGCACGAGUGCGCACCCGAGAUCUUCCGGGUCCCGCCCGAUGACCCGAACUGGACCAUCCGGGUCAUCCAGAACCUCUACCCGGCCCUCUCACGCGACCUCCCCGACCCCGAUCCCGUGACCCACACCUCCGCCGGGUCGGUUCUUGCCGGGUUCGGAUUCCACGACGUGGUGAUCGAAACUCCGGUUCACUCUGUUCAGCUCGUUGAUCUGUCGCCUGAGGAAAUUGCACAGGUCUUCGUUUCUUACACCAAGAGAAUCCAACAAUUCGCGACCCGUGACUCUAUCAAAUACGUGCAGGUGUUUAAAAACCAUGGGGCUUCAGCUGGUGCAUCAAUGAGUCAUUCUCAUAGUCAAAUGUUAGCCCUACCAGUUAUUCCACCUAGUGUUUCUGUCCGUCUUGGAAGUAUGAAGGAUUAUUUUGAUAAGAUGAGGAAAUGCUGUAUAUGUGAAAUUCAAUGUGAGGAUCUCUUGAUUGAUUCAUCUACCUACUUCUUGUCACUUGUUCCCUUUGCUGCUGCAUUCCCUUUUGAGAUAUGGAUUGUUCCCCGGUAUCAUUCUGCUCAUUUCCAUGAAUUGGAUGCUGAGAAGGCCGUUGAUCUUGGUGGUUUAUUGAAACAAACGCUUAGGAAGAUGUCUGUGCAGUUGAACAAUCCGCCAUUCAACUUUAUGAUUCACACGAGUCCACUGCAUGAUCAUGGAUCAGAGUUAGCAUACAGUCAUUGGUUUAUACAAAUAGUGCCCCAGCUAAUUGGGAUUGCUGGUUUUGAGAUUGGAACUGGGUGUUACAUAAAUCCUGUUUUUCCUGAGGAUGCUGCAAAGGUUCUAAGAGAUGUGAAUGUUUCAAAGUCAGGAUAAAACAGGUAGAAACAUACUGGUAAUUUUAUCUAAAACUUGUAAGAUAAUAAAAAAUUUCAUUACCGUAUCUGUUACGGUAAAGGGUCUCUUUGUGUCAGCUUAUGCAUAGCGAUAGUAAGUCCCUCUCUAGGUGCAUUUGCGGGAACUAAUUCCCCUUAGUUUUGGUCCAAAGUUCAAAACCAGUAGUAAGGUGGAUAUGACACCUCAGUUAUAAGCUAUCUAUGUUUGUAGUUAUGAUUCAUCUUGAUUAGUAAGGUGGAUAUGGCACCUCAGUUAUAAGCUAUCUAUGUUUUUAGUUAUGAUUCAUCUUGAUUGAAAUAUGGAGGAUCAUUUUGACAGGUAAAAUUGUCCCUUAUUCUGAAAAAGGAAGGAUUUGGACGGAGUCUUAAUAAAUAAGAUUGUUGAUCAUUUUGUUAUA